CAGCACUGGUAUAACUUCCAGUGCGUGGUGCAGUAUUUAUCUCAGCAAAUGUUUUAGUAAAUAGAUGACUGGUCAGUUUCUGUUCAGAAUAACAUCACACCUCUCCAGGAGAGAUGACCAGCAGCUAAAAUCCAGUCUGAUAAGACAUACAGGAACAUCAAAAGUACAAGAAAAAAAAGAGGGUGCAUGUUGGUCUAUUACAUUCUCGCUUGUCACGAAAGUUGUGCGACAGGGAUGGGCUGAACUUUCAGGGAUAGGUGUGUUGGCGAUCACUAAAGAGAGAAGACCAGCAGCUAAAAUCCAGUCUGAUGAGGCGUACAGGAACAUCAAAAGUGGAUCCAACAUGACCACAACAAAGCCACCAUCUCAGCCCAUUGAAAAAUGGACCGAGAAAGACGUCCACUUGUGGCUGAUGACAGAGGUCAAAGUUCAUGAGACUUGUGCAGACAAAUUCUAUGAAGAGGAAGUGUCCGGAGACAUUUUAGUUGAGCUUGAAAAGAAAGAUAUAUUGGGAUUGGGAAUAAAGCAUGGUCCUGCUGUAAAAAUCAUAUCUUAUCUAGAAAGGCUUAAGGAAGGAUCACAGCAUGUGUCGCAGUUCCCACCAUAUGUGGAAAAUUGGACAAAGGAGCAAGUGACCCAGUGGUUACUGGAGCAUGUCAACAUAUAUAGCAAAUAUGCAGAACGGCUUCAUGAAGAAGAUGUGUCUGGAGAUUGCCUUGUUUGCUUCAACAACCAGGAUUUUCUGGACUUGGAAGUCAAAGGCGGUCCUGCUGUGAAGAUCCUGAAAAAACUUGGUCAGUUGAAAAACAAUUCAGAACCGACACUGAAACCCAUCCCUCACACCAGCACAGAUCAAACAGAAGCUGCAAAACCCACUCAACCUGAACUGAGUCUGGCUCAGGCCGUAGCAACUAAACAACCAGAAUCACAAAACAAAAUUGAAUCAAAAACAGACGAACUGGUGGAAAAAGACUUUGAAAAGUUUCAGGUCCAAUUCAAGAAAGCUUCAGAGAAGGAGGAAAUUCAUCAGCCAAAGCCAAAGGACUUGGGGGCCAGGAGAAAAGAAACCACCAGGACCACUGUUCUACCAGAGAUACCCAAGAUCACUGUGGCAAUCCAGAAAACCCUUGACAACCUUUUAAAAGACGACCUAAAAAGAUUUCAUUUCCAUGAAUACACUAAAUCCACAAAUACGUCGAUUCCGAAAGGUAAACUGGAAGGCAAGGACACCAUGGACACCGCUAAAUUAAUGACUGAACACUAUGGAGAGAAGGAGGCUUUACGAGUCACAAUAGACAUUCUACGAAAUAUUGAUCAGCGUGAACUUGCUCUUCAGCUGGAGAACAGGAUGGGUCAACUGGAGCAGUGGUGUCUCUCAAAAGAAGUGAUAAAGAAAGAAGCAAACCAGGGAGACAAACUAAAGAAUUUGUUAACUUGUGGUGGGAACUCACUGGACCACUAUGGCAGAUUUGUUGUUGUUGUGAACAAGAGCAGUCCAGAACAAGUGCAGUAUCUCCAGUUUUUGAGUAAGCUGAAACUGUUCUGUGUGCUAGACUUUGACCCCAGCUCUGUUGCUCCAGGUGGACUGUGUCAUUCCUACAGAGAGUCAAGGGUGGCCAAUCUGCAUACCCCAUCACAAUAUCAAGGACAGACUGACUCAGUGAUUCAGAGCCUUAACCUCUACAAACAGACCAGUUGGGUCUUCUGCAAUGGCAGAAAUGACCUUGACAGUGACUCAGACAAGGAAUUAGACUAUACCAACUGGCUGAAGAAAUCUUGCAAAGGUGUAGAGAACUUGGUUUCAUUUGUUUGCAACCCUGAGGUGCUUCCCGCUGGAAGAUGCCUCAUCCUAUUCCUCCUACUUUCACCUGUGGACACUGAGAAAGACCCAAUCUUUGAGAUCUACAAGGCCUUUAUAAAAGAGACUGAAGAGGAAAGCAUCAUCACUAUUUGUGGACUUCAGAGCAUGUAUGAAAAAUGGAAGGAGAUGAUACAAGAAAUGUCUGGCUCCGACAUCGACCCACGAUCUAUAUAUGAGCUGACCCUCAGCGAGGUCAAUGGAACAGUAAUGGCACUGGGACCAUUCAAUCAGUCAUCUGGAAGGUUGCUCCCCUCUUCUGACUCCAGUUUUGUUGUUCUAAAGCAGAAGGACGAAGACUUAUUAACAGCUCUAGAUAUUCUUUGUCUGAAUCAGUGUGAAAACAUUUAUGAUGAAAACAGUCCAGAGUUUCAUGACUUCAGAAUCAAAGUUGAGGAAGAAUUCUACAGAGGAGGCAAAGUCAAAUGGUGGAACUUCUACUUCUGUGACAAAGACAAAGACAAGCCAUUUGUCAAGCGGGACAAGUAUGAAAAUGUGAAGAAGAUGAUUACGUUUCACUUGAGAGAUUCAAAAGACAUGUGCGUUCUGUUCAAUCUGUUUCACCAUCCAGGCUGUGGUGGUAGCACCUUAGCAAUGCAUUUGAUGUGGGAUCUUCGUCAAGAGUCCAGAUGUGCCGUUUUGAAAGACAAUACACAUCCAAAAGCAGACGUUGCCAUCCAAGUCAUUAAACUGAUGAAUCUUGAAAGCGAGAGACCUUCUCCAGUUUUGCUGUUAGUUGAUGACUCAAAGGAAACAGAGAAUCCUUAUGAACUUGUAACCAGCAUCCGUCAAGCUGUAGAGGAUUACUGUAGCAUAAAUGUGGAUGAUGAAAAAAAUUGCAAAGUCAUAAUCCUCAACUGUGUUCGUUCCAAUAGCCCAAAGGAGCAAUACAAACGACACAAUCCAAGUCAAUUCAUUACUGCUUCCUUGACUAAAGAAGAACAAAAUAAUUUUGAGAAAAAACUCAAAGAGCUCAAAGAAAUUCAUGAAAAACCUGAAAACUUUUACAGCUUCAUGAUUAUGAAGAGCAAUUUUGACAAGAAGUACAUUGAUGAUCUUGCCCGUAACACAUUGGAGAACUUUGAUUUCAGCUCAAAGGAGGCCCGACUGUUUGCUUUUCUGGCGUUACUGAACACCUAUGUGGCAGAAUCUGAAAUCUCUCUCUCACUCUGUGAAGAUUUUUUAGGGAUGAAAGUAAUUCACUGGAAAGAGGAUAGUGUAAUGGACAGGAUGAAGCAAUAUUCAAACACUCUCAUCAUAGACAAAGUUGAAGAAUGGGGAGGAUACAAAGGAAUCCGAAUCCUUCAUCACUCCAUAGCAUCUGCAUGCCUGGAAGAGUUGGAGAGAAGCUGCUUUUUAAAAGUAAGUAAUAUCACUAUGGAGAUUCUUCACUGUGAUCUGUUCUUCAAUGUUGGAGUUGCCAAACACAGAGACUCAAUUCAACAAAUGUUGAUUAAAAGGCAGAGAAAGAAAGAUGGAGUAGAGAAAGAACAAUUUUCUCCUCUCAUAGAUAAAAUCCACAACCAGGAAGGGAAACAAACUGUCCAAAAAAUCUUUGUGAAAGCAUCAUCCAGGUUUGUGACAAGUGCAUCUAUUCCUCAGGCACUGGCGAGAUAUUUGUACAUCAAAGAAAGUGACUUUCCAGAAGCUGGAAAAUGGGCCGAAACUGCCAAGAACAUUAAAGAAAACAAAUGCACAUUGGACACAAUUGGGCAGGUUCACAAAAGCAAUUUAACAUCCAACAACAACAGAGAAAAACAGGCGACAUCACACAAUCCAGAAGACUUAAACACAAACAUUAAAAUAGCGGAUAAUGCUAUCAGAGCGUUUAAAAGGGCUCAAGAGCUGGCAAAUACAGAGGAUGAACCUGAGGAGGAAGUUUCUGAUGAUGCAUCAGAUGACUAUCAAGGACAGUCAUUAGUCUAUGGCUAUGUGGGUGUGCUGGAAAUAGCUUUUCUGGUAUUUGAGAUAUUGAGCAGAUUGCCAUUCUUUGAGGGAAAUGAUCCGAUGAGGAAGAAGUACUUCCAGAGUUUCCUUCAACAAAAAAUCCCAAUCACCAGUGUGCAUAAAGAAGAGAAUGAGAUCAACAACAGAUACGUGGAGAUCAUCAAAGGGCAUGAACCGUUUCUCCUCAGUUUGAAAACUGAAGUAAAAGAAACAUUUGACCUUGUUAACCGUUACUUCACGUAUACAAAAGGGAACAAUGAACAAUAUGAUUUAAAGAAUCGUUGGAUCGUCUGUGGUCUUUUUAAAAAGUAUGUAGCUCUUUUUUGCAGUGCACCAGAAGACAUGAAAAAAGAACGACAACACAAUCCUAAUCUCAAUUUGGAAAUCGACAUUCAUGAAAAAAGAUUGUUUCUUGAAGGUAAACAAGCAGAUACAUUUGCAGGGAUUCUUCAGCAUUUGGACAAACCUGCCGAAGAGAUUGAGAGGAUCACAGAAUGCUAUGCAUUCUUACAACAACAACAAUUCAUCAACAAAAAACAAAAGACGAAGGAAACAAUCAAUUACAUUUUGUCAAACAUAGUUCUUUACCUUUUGAAACCAAAAUCUAAACAUGUCAAGAGUUACAGCCAACUCUCUGAUCUACUUUUGAAAACACUGCAAGAUGUAGGACUUGGGUAUCCCUUCCCAGACCCGUACUACCUGGCUCUGCUGUUACUCUGGCCAAGUCCAACUGAGAAAAACUCUGAUAUUGGGACCUAUGUGACUGCAAUUCGAAACUCAUCCCGCAAACAUCUGGCAAAACAUUGUGGAAAGAAGGGCACAAUUGCCCACUUCUACUUAGGAAAAGGAGAAGGACUUGAUAGGUUUGUUUCUAAACGUAAAUUGGAUUGGACCUUUAAAAUUCCUCGUGAUAUCUUGGCACAACUGUGGUGGAACGGCGACAUAUUUAAGGAACAGCAAAUCACUAGCCGCCUUCAUAGAGUCAGUGGAAUCACUGAGGAAGGACAGGUGUUCGCCAAUUAUGGCACACUGAAAAUCCCUGUUCGUCCUGCUCUUAUUGGUGGAAUACGACAUGGUUUCAGUAGAGAAAAGGUUUCUUUCUACCUUGGUUUUGCGAUUAAUGGACUCCUGGCAUAUGACAUCCAGUAUGAAAACUAGGGUAGUUGAUCGGAUACAAAAGUGCAACACAAGCACAGAGACAUGAACUGUACAGUGUGAAAAUAGGUGUGGUAUCCAGUGACUCACUGUGAUGGAAUUUCAAACACACCUCAUAAAAACAUGAUCAAACGAAAAGUAAGACAGACUGCAAGGUCAAAUUCCAAUGCUGUAGGUCUAGCUGCAUAUGUAUGUUUUAUAUUAUUUUUAUGCCAUUUAAUGUUUUAUAAACAUUUGUCAUCCACUUUAAGGAGUUUUUGUUUUUUGAUUUUGUUGUCGGAUGUGGCAAACUUGCCAAACGUUCUCCUAUUCAUUUAUCUGCAAGUGCAAAUAUAAUAUAGUGUUUAAGUGUAUGUACACAAGCACUGACUCAUGAACUGUACAAAGUGAAAAAACAGGUGUGGCAGGCAAUGUGAUGGAAAAACACACCUCAUAAAAACAUAUGACAUGUAGGACAGAUUGUAGGGUUGAAUGUUAAUCCUGUAGCACUAGCUGUAUAUGUUUUUAUACUCUUUUUAUGCAAUAUAAUCUUUUUUUUUAACAUUUGUUAUCCACUUUUGUUGGUUUGUUUUUGUUAUCUGUUGCAGAUUUAUCUAAAUGCUAUAAAUGUAUAUACAAGUACAACUCACAGUGAAACUAUUGCUCAUUUAAAUUAAGAAAAAGAUGGAGGCCUGGAUCUCCCAAAUCCCAGUUAAGAACCAUUAAUCUAGCAUUCAACUCUUAAUUUUUGUUAUUACUUCGCAUUAACAUUAUGAAACACACAUUGUUAAACAUUAUUGAACAGAUAAGGGUAAUGGUGAAAAUGGAAUUAAUAUCUUCUGUUCUCAUGUGAGAAAUGUGAUUGAUUGUGGACACCAAGUUCUCCAUAAGGACAUGGUUUUGCCGUAGUAAAUUGUUUUCCAGCUUGAAAUGUAUCAGGGAGUGGUCAUCUGAAUUGUUGUAUCAUAUGUAGAUUUGAAGAAUUGUACCAUUUUGUCAUUAUGGUAUUUUGUCUUCACAGGCUUAUUUAUUUUCAUUUUGUUUGUACUUUAUAUUGUGAUUGUAUUUUUGAAUGUGCAUUGUUUUAUUUGGCAUAUAACCUACCUUUGGAGCUACAGUUUUUUUAAGACAACCUGUUGAUAACCAAUAAUCUAGCACUCAAUAAUUUAGAUUUUUUUUUGUGACUUUACAUUAACAUUAUUAAACAUGUUGCAUUGUGAUUGGUAGGUCUAUUUAUUAGAUGUAUGUCUGUCAGAUGUGGGACUUUAGUUCAUAUUUCUUUUGCAUUGUAGAUUUUAAUUUUGGCACAAUUCUUUUCCACACAAUUUUGUUCACAGACUUAUUUUAAUUUUGUUAAUACUUUAUACUGUGAUUGUGUUUUGGAAUGUGCAUUGUUUUCUUUUGAAUGUGGCUGACUUUUGGAGCUACACUUUAUUUUUGAUGACUUAAUUGGUUGAAGACCAUUAGUCUAGCAUUUUUUAUAUUUUUUGUUUGACUUGACAAUAACAUACUGUAACAUUUGUUGAUUUGUAGGUCUAUUAACCCAUCUGCCUGGUCAGAGCCAGAACCUUACUUUAUUUUAUGUUGUAUUGUAUGUAGAUUUUAAGUUUGGCAUAAUAUUUUGUCCACACAGGUUUUGUUAUUUUGUUGGUAAGUCAUACUGUGAUUGUUUUUUGAAUGUGCAUUGUUUUAUUAUGUACAGGAUGUGGCCUACUGUUGGAGCUACACUUUCUUUGUUAAGACUUUAAGAAUAAAGUUUGGAAGCUUUAUAUUACA